CAAGCUGCAUCAUGGCGGAACAGAUAUGACUAUAUGGAAGCCGCUUUCUUUUUCAUUAAUUUAAUCAUUUUUCAUUUACUUUUGCAUUACAUAAAAAGCCCGUAAGCUGCGUAAUAGCUGCACAUACCGACACGGAGCUUUCUGAGAAAAUACGGGCCUGUGGUUUGUUGGUUUGUUUGCUGGCGUUGUUGUUAAGAAGUUGGGAGAUGUGCACGCAGACGAAGGCUGCGGCUCUCAUGGCCAACAUACCCCAGGCAGAUAUUGACCCGUCCGGAGUGUUCAAAUACGUCCUGAUCAGAGUUCAUAGCCGAGAAGAGGGAGAUGAUUCGGAGGUGGAUAUAGUACGAGGAUACGGCUGGGCAGAGUACCACGCUGAUAUCUAUGAGAAGGUUUCAGAGGAGCUGGAGAAAGAUGGCCACCUGGACUGUGAGUGCAUUGGAGGAGGGAGGAUCAAGCAUGAUCCACAGACCAAGAAGAUUCACGUAUACGGGUACUCCAUGGGAUUUGGUAGAGCAAACCAUGCAGUGACCACUGAGAAACUGAAGGUUCGGUAUCCAGACUAUGAGGUGACGUGGGACAAUGAAGGCUAUUGAGAUAGACCGAGAAAAACCUCUGCUGGAUUUCCUUUUUCCUGGACUGUCUAAUAUUUUCUGUAGCCCUUCAUUAGAUGGCAGAACUUCAUAUUAAUUCUGAUAAACUAGCUUCUUAAAACCCAUCAAAUGUCCAAGACCAAGACUAACUCACAGACCAUAUGCAAUACGUUUUUGUUGUUGUUGUUUUUUAAUGCAAGAAACUAAGUAGGAAAUGGCUUUUUAUUAUUAUUAUUAUUGCUAUUAUUUGCAUCCCAUUUAUAUUCACUUUAAUUUCAAAUCAAAACAUGUCUGCCAUAAUAAAAUGUCUUAUUUGUAAGUAUGGUAUCUAAUUUGGAAACACGUUGGUUACAAAAGUUUAGAGGUGGACAUUCAAUCUGGUCUGUUUUGAGUCAUGUGACCCAGAAAUUACCUCUGUUCCCUUUCUACUGUGACGACUACACGUCCAAAGUUGUGUUGAACUUAUUCGAUCAUCAUGAUAAAUCCAAACAGAAUGCAAUACUUCCUUACUUUGUUUGACAUGUGCAUUAAGAAAACCACAUAAAAUCAUUUUAUGUGUUACAGAAUGUUUUAGUUUCCAGGUGCAUCUGUAGAUACUGAGCAGUUGGAUAAAUGGUUUAUAGUCAGCCAACAGUUUUCUUCAUCUAUGUGCACUCACUGCUCUUCAAUAUGAGUUGAAUCUACAAUUUAACUCUGAUAUGUUACAUAAUAUAAGCUUUCAGUGUGAUUUACGAUGCACCCGGAAGGAUGAAUGCUCAGAAAGUUUAAACCGGAUCAGUGAUGUGACAAUAGAAUCUCUGACUUUCAGCUUGUUAAGCCAUUGAUCUGUCCUUCUGGGUGCAUCAUAAAUCACACUGAAAGGUUAUAUUAUGUAACUUAUCAGAGUUAAAUAGUUGAUUCAACUCGUGUUAAAGAGCUGCAAGUGCACAGAUGGAGUAAAUUGUUGGCCAACCACAAACUAUCAAUCCAACUGCUCGAUAUGAACCGAUACAAGUGGAAACAAAAACGUUCUCCAACACAUAAAAUCAUUUUUUCUUUUGUUAAUGCACAUGUGAAGCAAAGGAAGGAAAUAUUAAAUUCUACAUGCGUUUGUGUUUUCAUGAUAAUCAAAUGAGUGUAACACAGCUUUGGACGUGCAGUGAACACAGCGUAUACUGAGCAGAGAUAACUUCAGGGUCAAGUGUUAAAAAACAAAACUAAAUAAAAUCUAUGGGUUCACUUUUCGUUUUUUCCCAUUUUUGUUGAGAGCACAAAUGGGAAAACAGACAACGGCUCAUUAUCCAGUUUUUACCUUUUUUUUAAAAAAAUGAAAGUAAGAAAAAUAAUUUUUUUCUGUUUUAUGUUUUUCGUUUCAAAGAAAAAAAAAAACACAUACCUGAAAGUGUACAGACCCACUCUGGCUUGUGUUAGUCACAGAUUCUGAUAGAUUUGACCCAAGAUCUAAGAUGUGUUGGAAAUGUGUCUUUAGUUUUUUUUUUUUUUUGUGGUGUAUGAGUCAUAAAUUCUUUUACAAUUUUUGCUUUGAAGAUAUGUACCAUCCCACCUUUGCAAAGAAAUAAGAUGAAAACA